AUGAUAGACCACAAAUAUCGUAUGCGGAUCUGUAUGUUGUACGACUUUAAGCAAGGAAAGAGUGCCGUAGAAUCUCAUCGUACAAUCGCUAAAGUUUUCGGCAAAGAUGCUUACUCUUACAGUCAAUGCUUGCGAUGGUUCAAGAAGUUCAAAGAUGGGGACGAGUCUUUGGAAGACCAGGAACACAUUAGACGCUCAGAAGGCUGGGACAAGGACCAGACAUUAGACGAAGAAGGUCCUGGAACGACUACAUCUGUUUUGGAAACGUCAAUUGGGAAAAAGGGCUCUAGUAAAAGCACGACCAAGGAACGUAGAGAAAUCAGGAAGCCGAAGAAAACUAUACAGAAGCCACGCACACAAGCUCUGCAACUUGAUGAACAAUUUCGUGCCUUUAUAGAAGCUGCUCUGCGACAGGGAGGUCUGGAAUCAGAGCAACAAGUUCCUCAAAAUGAAUAA